UCACUGGAGACGUUGGCAAUGUGUGUUAAAGACCAAGAAUGAUGCAUAAUCAAGUUUAUUUUACUAGCUACUUGCAAAUUACGCGCUAGUUGGUUUGUUGGCUCCUCUUCUCCUGCCUAUGUAUAUAUAUCAGGCCUGUCAAAUGGGUGGAAAGGCGAGUCCGGGUGCUGCACAAGUGAGUGAUGAACAUAAAAAAGCAGAAAAAGAGAGGACAGAAGCUCAUAUUAAAACACUGGAUGAUCUUGUUAGUGUCAAUUCACUAUUCACUUUAGCCGUGUUUGUGGGCUUAUCUCAGGCUUCACCAGGCGCCAUCAGCCUUGAGAAUCGUCAAGAGUGUAAUGCUGGCCCUGGGGUAGCUAAAAUGCUGGUCCUGUACGAAGUUGUGGCCUUUGCUUGUUUCCUCUUAUCAAGCCUUGUUGCGAAGGUUAUUAAGCUGCUCUUGGGCUUGGAUAGUGAGAGAUUCAAGUUGGUUCAAGACAGAUUCGAUUUAAAAGACUUUUUGUUGAUUUUAACGGCCAGUGCAUCUGUUAGUGGAAUCAUUCUGCUAACACUUUCGGUCGUUAAUAUAGUUCAGAUUCGAAUAGGCUUGUAUUCUUGUGGGAGUGCUGAAGCAAGGAGAGCCAUUUGGGCUCUUGGUACUAUCGUUGGCAUUGCUUUGGCAAUCUACGUGCUGGCUUUGAUUAUAGCAAUUUAUGCUUCUAUUACUACUGAUGGUCAGUAUUCAGUCAAUUCAAAAACCAAUUCUGAUGAAAAGAAGGGUGACAAUCAGAAAGAUGAAAGUUCUGGUUUAAUCGAAGGCCGCUCAGCCGUCUGAUAUUGUGCUCAGUCUCACGAAGAAUAGAAUUCACUGCUAGAUUUAAUUGAAGUUGAGUAUAUGUUUGUAGUCGAAAUUGAAUUCAGGCAACAUUUAAUUUA